AUGAAGUUCUCAACCGUAACUAUUCUCGUCGUUAUAUUCGCAUCCACUACAGCAACGGCCCUCGCUGCCUCUGUUCGUAUCAGGAUGCCAAAGGGUCCAGUAAGACCUGACUCGUACAUCGUCGUGCUGAAAUCCGGUACAAAUAUGGAAGACCAUAUUGAAGGUAUUACUCGGAUAUCAACCCGGAGCCCUGGGUCAGAAUUUUUACUCACUCACCGGUAUGAAAUCCCGAAUGGCUACUCCGCACACUUGACUGGAGCAUCCCUUGCUCACAUUCUUAGCUGCCCCGAAGUUGCCUAUGUCGUAGCUGAUGGCAUAACUUUCACUGGCCACGACCUCCGCGAAGUGAAUGAGAGGGACGUGACAGAGCGCAACGAUGUUGCGGCUAAAAUAGGGGAUAACCCGGUCAAAAGAUGUGGAAGUGGAGUGGAUAUUUAUAUCCCAGGUGCUGGUGUUUACCGUGGGCACAGCUGCUUUGGUACGGAUCAGGUUAUUCUCGGUAAGAUUUUUGGUCCAUAUGAGGACGGUUAUAGCGGUCGCGACACAUAUGUUGCCGCACUGGCAGCGGGGCUAGGGUAUGGCCCAGCGACUGGUGCCAAGGUUAUUUCGCUCAAGGUUUGUGACAAUUAUGGUAUGGGAUAUGCAUCCAACCUGGUCGCAGCCCUCAGCUGGGCUUAUCAAAGAAAAUUCCGUUAUGGUCACCCUUCCAUCAUUUUACUACCCCCCAACAUGGUUGGGGACAAUUACUUGGACCAAGUCAUCCAGUCUCUCAUAGACCAUGGGUUGCACAUUGUAAUAGGUGCGGGGGAUCGGGGCGUGAAUGCAGAAUCUCUCAGUCCUCAACAUCUUGCUGGAGUUAACACCAUUGGUGCCAUUGACAACCUUUGCAAUUUCGCGACCUUCUCCAACUGGGGACCUGCCAUCACUGCUUCCUACCUGGGUGUCAGGGUUAAAAGUGCCUGGAGCGAUAGCAAUACCGAUUCAAUGGAGCUGAGCAGUACUGAUGGGGCAGCUGCAGGGGUUGCGGGGUUGAUAGCCACCAGGUUAGGUCAACAUGAUGAAGAGCCUGCCGCCCUAACCAGUGACAUGAUAGACCAUGCUCUUCCACUAGUUGUGAAGGCACCUAGGGACACUCCAAUUUUGCGGGUAGUCGGUUGGUGA